AUGCAGAAACUAGCCGGCUCACCCACCAGUGCUCUCAACGGGUUCGAGGGCCACCGCGCCAGACUCAAGCGACUCCGCCGACAGGCCAUCGACCCUGCCAAGCCAGCACAGCAGGAACAGCAGCACCAGCUGGGCGAAGAGCCACCUGCAACCAGUCAUACUGCCAACACGACCGAGCUCAUGAACAAUCCACCCGAACAGCAACAUCUGUCUCAGGAUGAACGAACUCGUGAUGGAGCUCGAUAUCUGCACCGUUCCACUUCUCGGGACAGCUAUUGCGAUCAUUAUGAAACACAUUCUCCUUCAACUUCGAUGGGAUUGGACCAUCUUGACCUUUCAAUCGACUCUAAUCCUGCUCGCCAAUCCUCCAUUUCCACCUCACCAUUCACCACCGACCACCUUGGACGAACAGCGCAUGAACAUGAGAACCAAAACACCCCUGAUAAUCUUUCAAACUCAGCCUAUCAAUUCCCACCACCCUCAGCCACCCCUGGCGAGCUUGCCGCGGUCGAUUCGUAUCCCAAAUCAGCCUCCAAUCUUGGUUUAAGCCUCCUCAACCCCUCCCAAUCCCACUACAUCUUCCAAUCAGAUCUUCAGUCUCAUGCCAACAGACUUGCCGAAGCUGUCCCAGGGGCAUCCAACGAAAUCUAUCCACAAGCCCAUCCCUCGUCGGAAGAAGGUGCUCAAGAUGACACCCCUUCCGAUCCCCCCAAGUCCCACAUCCCACUACCACUCAAGAUUUUCGCCCCACCGUACCGUCGCUCGAUCUCCGUUCCAUUCACCAGCACCGGCCUUGUCUCACUCGAUUUUCCCGGCCGUUUGGGUUCGAUCACUGAGGAUGGCACCGUGCCAGCGUCUGCUCAACCAGACUCAUCCACCAACUUUAUGAAUCCGCUCCAAACCCCGAUGCCCUAUGGUGGGGCUGAUGACUCUCGUGAAUCUUCGGCGAUGAAGUUUCCGAUCGAAACUAGUCCUUCCACUCUGUUUACAGGACGAGCUAGCCCUACGCCUGCCGAUCAAUCCACUCGUUUUACCACAUCUUCAAGUCCACUCAAUCCCAAGUAUAGAAACUGGUCUGGUCACUUUUAUGUCUGGGUCUAUGACGCACCCUCAACUCCUCCUGACAGUACAGUCCAGCCUAGCCCAGCGAUCUCGCAAAGCUCUUCUGCUACAUCUAUUCUAUCGAACAACCGCAUCGGUGGUAUCUCUAGACACUUUUUCCACCACGUGAGACCAGCGGCUGAGGCCAAACCUGCCAAGUCGGCGACCGUAAAGAAAGAAAGACGAGGAGUUAAAUUAGGUCUGAUCAGUGGGUUGACUAAGCAGAGAGACACCGCAUCAUGUCCUCAGCUCGAAUUAUCUGCACCGGCCGACUCAGGCCACCAGAAGCCAAAUCUAGAUCCGCACAGUUUAUCUGAGCAGUUAGAUGCGCUGACUGAUCGAAGUGCAAAUGACUCGACCGACAUGCUCAAACUGAGCCAGAAUCGGAUUCCAUCUGGCUCGAAGCCUGCCGACCAGCAAACUAAACAGAAAAAACAUCCUUUCAACGCCGAUUCUAGGAUCGGCAGGAAGAAACCUACGUCCCAAUCCAGUGGCAGCGCAGGCGGCAAUGGAUCCAUCACCAGCCAAUUGGCCUUGGGACCAGGCGCCGCGAUGAACUCGCAGGGUAUCGGCUCUGGUCAAUGGAAAUUGGUCCAAGGAGUGAUCACGGAAGAUGGUCAUUUUACACUAUACUCUGGUACCGACGUGGUUCUGCACCGGAUCUAUCUACCUUCUUACCGACGGACGGAUGUUCGGAUGGUUCAUCAGUCGAUUUUUGGCCGGCCUCACUGUGGCGUCAUUACUCGCAGGGCAGGAAGCCCCCCUCAAUCUACCACACGAAUCCCCGGUUCAGCGGUCAACUCGACAAGCUCGCUUCCCUUACACGCAUCUCCGCCAUUUCAGUCCUCCACCAAUGGCUCCAUCCCUAACACGCCCAGUCAUUUCGGUGGAUUUGCAAGUCAACAUCAAUUGGACCCGUCUUCAUCCUCGCCCCUUACUGCCAACAUGAAAGACACGUCAAAGAACUCUGGCCAUACUCCCGUCAAUCCUUCUUAUCAGCGGAGCGACUCUCCAAGCGGCACCCCAGAACUCUCGAUUUAUAUCUGCAUGCCCAACACCGUUUUGCUCGAGUCUUGGUUGGUCAUCUGCAAAUGCUUUUGCAGGCCUGAUGACUUUCGACAUCUUUACCCGCGCUCCAGCAAGAAAAACCAGGCCGCUGGUCCCCAGGGAGCACGCCCAAGGGUGCUGAGCUUGACCCAGCCAGGAUCGCAAACUAUUCACCAGACGUCAUCAUUGCCUGGUCAUCCUAGCCCGGGAGAUAUGGGAUCAAACAAAAGCAAUUUGACUAAACAGGCAUCACCUGAACGAGUUAGGAUUUGGAGGGGGAUCGAAAUCCAACUAUUGGAAGGUAGAAAACUGGGCGAAACCCGACAGAUAACUGUGAACAAUAUAAUCAAUGACUCUUCUGGAGCGACCGGAAUUGUCAACGGGGCUCGACUCAUGAUAAAGGACGACCGAAGGAACUCGACUGGAGGGUUUCUAUCUACCGGGAGCCAAGCCUCUCUGCUGUCGAUCAACAAAGAAGCAUUGUUCAACAAGUCGUCCAAUGUUGGCAAACAUCAAACUUCUCAGCAGUUUGUCAUCACUGAUCCUGGGCAUCAACAGGACCCUCAAAACGGAAAGCUGCCGCUGUCAGCCCGUUACGAUUCCAAAAAUCUCGAUGAGUCUGACAGUUCGACCACCGGGUUUUCGAGCUCAAUCACCUCUAGUCUGACGCACAGCAAUCAACCCAGCGGCCCGGUUAAUCGCCAAAGUAUCCCAACCGCUUCUGCGCCAACCCUCGACGACAAGCCCGCUUCGUCAUCAUCGAUCACCACCCCCAUAUCCAUUCCUGGCUCUUCAACCCAUAGCUCGAAGAAUAACUCGAUCUCAAUCAAUAGCUUUAAUGAUAACUUUUAUUUCGUCGAGUUCGAUUGGGACAGAGAAAUCAUCGGCAGGUCGACUAUCAAGCGGAAUUCCAACCCAUUCUGGAGCGAAGGAUUCAAAUUUUCGGAAAUCGGCUCGUUCAAAACGCCACUGAUUUUAAACGUUUACCAGAUCAAGAAGGCUCUCAGCCAUCCUCAAUCAAAGUCCUCCCGUGACCACUCCAGUCCCAAUCCUUCGACUUCCCACUCCAACUCAUCCUCAGCCUCUGCCUCCAAGAUCACCUUGAUUGGGCAGAGUUAUUUGGAUUUCAAAACCUUCGAAAAGAACACCCAGUUGCCCCUCUGGCUACCUAUAUAUUCUAACAGCAAUGGCACUCCUAACGAGGCUGAUGUCGACGAAAACUCGAGCAAUACUGACGUGCGAGAUAAUCUUUAUAAGAAAGUCGAGAUCAUGGGCGAGAUCAACUUGUCUAUAACCGUUAUCGAGCAGGUCGUUUUGGCCGAGCCGGAAUAUGCGAAGAUGAUGAAUUAUUUGAACAAUGAUGACGACAUUGGGUUGCCGCUCAGUCUGGCGAACAUGGCCGUCGGAGAACUAGAUAGGCUGUCAGAGCUAUUGAUCAGGAUUUAUGAAGCAAACAAUCGGUUAUUCAUGCGAUUUUCACAACUUGCAGCAGUUGAAAUCAACGGCGACUUAUCAACAGCAAGCAUUUUAUUCAGAGCCAAUACACUGUUGACGAAGAUGUUAGAAGCCUACAUGAGGAUCGUUGGAAGCUCGUUUCUAGAAUCCAGCGUGGGGUCGGUGAUUCGGCGGAUCUGUAUGGCGAAGGCAGAACUGGAAAUCGACCCUUCUAAGCUGAAAUCCUCGCUCUCUUCGCAUCAGAAGGAGAAAAUCGCGAAUGAGAACGCCAAAGAGUUGAAGAAGAUUUCGAACGAAAUCUGGCAAUCGAUGUACAUCAACCGCUCCAAAUGUCCCAAUCGGUUGAGGAAAAUCUUUGUCAAAAUUCAAGAAUUGGUUGGUGAUGCCUACGACGAUCAAGAUAUGAGAUUGACCUCCAUCUCAGCCUUUGUCUUUCUACGGUUCUUUGUGCCUGCUAUUCUCAACCCACGCUUGUUCAAUCUGAUCCAGUUCCAGCCCGACAGUAAAUCGCAGAGGACCCUGACCUUGGUCGCGAAAACUUUACAAGGUUUAGGGAAUCUGACGCUGUUUGGGAUCAAGGAACCCUGGAUGAGCGUGAUGAAUGAAUUUAUUACUACCCAGUUGGACUCGUUUCGGGAUUACAUUUCAUUCAUUGCGAGUGAAUCUGAGUCAGUCAAGCCCGAAUGGACCUCGAAGGAAUACGAGGGCUAUGGAUUGCCGUAUGCGCUCCGGGCUUCGUUGCCUGCUUCCUCUCGUGAUGGGAUCCCCACCUUGCCUCACCUGCUGGAUCCGGUUCGAGAUUGUUCGCUUCUGGCGAGCUUCAUGACGAUCAUUAAACAGAAAGCAUCGGUCUUGGAUGCUUCAAGACACUACUCCUCCGUCCUGCCCCCCAAGACGACCAGGAUGAGCGGGCCGCUCGGCACUCGACCUCGUCGGUGCACUGAAAUCUCCGAACCUCGCGAACGUGUCUCUGAAAACGCUGAUGAUGGCAGCAAUACGGCCGACUUUUUGAAGAUCUGCGGGGACCUGUAUGCUAAGUCUGAGAGGCGGUAUUCGAAAAUCCUGCAGUCUGAAUUGAAAGAUCCAAAUGCUCUCAAGAAGGCUUCGCCGGCCACAGCAGCUACUCCAGCCACAACCGCAGCCACCGCCACAGCAAGUCCUGAUAAUCGUCCUGCGGCAUCUCCGGUCUUCCCCGGAGCCCUCGCGUUUACCCAAGACUUUUUCUCUCAACAUAAGAUUAAUUCGAGGAAAUGGACGUUCAACAAUGAUCGGAAUGGCCAGCUUUCUCCUCCCACCCCCACAUCCCUGUCGAGGUCACCGUCGACUAGCUUAUCUUCAUCAACUACCACGCGGUGGAAACGAUCUCACACAAUUACUGCGGAGCAGGGAAGCAGUACCGGCUCGAACCCUGACCAUCUGCCGAGUCCUCUCUGCUCUCCUGCCAUCACCAGCAAAUCGCCCACACACCCCUCCCGCUCAACGCUCCUGCAGAAAACCUCCAGCCUCGUAAGUCAAUUGCCCCGGCUCAAGUCCCCUGCCCACCCCGAUCACGUCCAUCCUCAUGCGCUUCCUCAACUCCAGUCCCCCAUCCUCGGCCUCGUCUCCAACCAUGCAAACCUGUAUGUCGAUGACGGCGAGCACCCGUCGCCCCGAUGGGCAUAA